UCUCCCUCAAAUAUUUUGUUGGUUGGUCUGCUGCCUUUUGCAUUCUGGAAAUACAGGUGUUUGAAUGAAAGGGUUCAUCAGUACUACACUGCCAUGGCAGCCUUGACCCACUUUCUUAUAAAAUUGGCAUUAACCCCAUGGUAACAUAUGACAUCUAACCCCAGAGUUAGGUUGGAUGCCCAUACUUUGUGAGGUGCUCCAUUGCACAUGGUGAUAGAUGGGAUUUUCCAACUUUCACUAUGCUGAAGUCAUACAAUGUGGUUUAGGUCAGCCAUGGAGGAGGUGUAGUAUAACAUUUGAUGUUAUAUUUAAGUUUUUCAUGACCCUUCCUAAGCACCAUACUGUGUACACCUAGCUCUGUCAUUUAUGAAAGCAACAUUUCAAAAGGCAGAUGGUUUUGGUACAUAAAAGCUGUAUAAAAUUAUCCUUCUAAUGAAAUCAGCAUAUGAUUGAUUGAAGGGAUAGAAAAGAAGAUGAAAUUAAAAAUUAUCUAAUACAGAUUAGACCACUUAAUCCACAAAACAAAUAUACAUGAGGUGUGGAUUUCUACCAUGUUCUUUAAUUCUGGUUCAGUACUGCUGAAAUUGAGCAUAUGCCAGUUAGCUAGUAUUAAAUGGCAACUCAGGCAAUGCUACUUUUGCCACACAUCUGUGCCAUACACCUCUGUUACAUAUAUGUGUCACACACCUGUACAAUACAUCUGUGCCAUACACCUGUGCCAUACAUGAUUGUCACACUUUUGUGCCAUAUACAUGUGACGCACAUCAGUUCCAUACAUCUCUGUCACAGACAUGUUGCACACACAUGUUGCACACUUGUGCCACACACCUGUGCCACACACCUGUGCCACACACCUGUGCCACACACCUAUGCCACACACCUCUGUCACACACAUGUGCCAUAUACCUCUGUCACAUACCUGUACUACAACCUGGGUCAUCCAUAUGUGCCACACAUCUGUUCCAUGCACCUGUGCCAUACAUUUGUGUCCAACACCUGACAAUGGUAUAGGAUGGGGAUGGGCAUAUGGGUGAAAACUGAUCUAGAUUGGAAUGGAGUACUAUUUUUGUAAGGGUUCAUGAGCAGGUGCAAGGUGAUGAUGAAAAACAUGCAUUUCUGUUCAAGAAGCAGGCAGCCCACUGAACAGUUUUCUAUCACAGGAAGAAUGUUUUUCAUUUGUUUGGAGUCAUGGUUACAUGUCCAACAUGGCUACUACGCUGUUGAAACAUGUUCAUACAAUCCAAAAUAUUAACCUUGAUCACUGUUGCAUGCAACUCACUACAUGAUUUGUCAGGUUAUUUCAAUAGUCCACUGGCAUUGGUCAGCCCACGCUGGGCCUCACAUAUCAUUACUACCUUAUAAUAAAUGAGUGGUCUAUGAUUGGUCAAUUUGAUCAUGAUUAUUAGUCAAUGGCCCAUGAUCGAUUGACCUGUGAUUGUGUGAUUGGCCUGUCACCUAUGGCUGCUCACUGGUCUACUUGAAAACAUUGUUGUAUUUGAGGCGGGAAAUCAUGACGUUGGACCCGAGUGUGUGGUGACCUCAGUAUUCUCAGGAACUCCUGGACUCUGUUGGGCCUGAUGAUCAGAUUCAGGUUGUGGCAACCCAAACCAUGACCUGAAUUGGAUCAGAAGCCAUGUGCGUGGGUCCGUUUCGGCGCGCGUGCCACUGGGGUCCGCUGACAGCACUGGCCAUCAUCAAGGCCAUCACUCUGAUGACCAUCCACUGUUGCUACCUGCUCUGGCCGGGCGAGAGCGUGGUGGGCCGGCUCCACUUCUGGGUAUUCGCCGCUCUCAGUGGCGCCACCCUGUUCGCCUUCCUGAACGCGCUGCUCGUCGGGCCGGGCACCGUGCCGCUCCGCUGGAAGCCGGAGAACCCCAGCAACGAGCAGCGCCUGCAGUUCUGCACGUUCUGCGAGGGCUACAAGGCGCCGCGCGCCCACCACUGCCGCAAGUGUAACCGGUGCGUGAUGAAAAUGGACCACCACUGCCCCUGGAUCAACACAUGCGUGGGUCACCGGAACCACGCCUACUUCACCUACUUCCUGCUGCUGGCCGUGCUCGGCUCGAUGCACGGCGGCUGUCUGAUGGGAUUCACGCUGUACCGCGUCUUCACCGCCAUCUACUUCCGGUUCUCGCCUGGCCUGGUGCCGGUCACCAUGAACAUCUACGUGCUGAUGGCCUGCCUCUUCUGCGUCGGCCUCUCCGUCGGCGUGGUGCUCGCUGUCGGCAUGCUCUUCGUGUACCAGACGCUCUCGAUCACGCGGAACCGCUCGGGUGUGGAGGACUGGAUCCUGGAGAAGGCCCUCCACCGGCGCCGCCUCGCCUUCCAGCGCCGCUGGACGGAGCUCAUGGAGCGACGCGACCAGGGCGAGGACGUGAUGGAGGAGGAGGCGGAGCUGCGCAUGGAGCCGUUCCACAACCCGUACGACCUGGGCUGCUGGCGCAACUGGAGCAUGGUGAUGGCCCUGACCGGCCCGCCGGCCGGAGACGGCAUCAGCUGGCCGGUUAGAGCCGGCUGCGACCAGUACACGCUGACGCUGGAGCAGCUGCUGCAGAAGAACGAGAAGCGCUCGCGGAUGCGGGAGUACGUCAUCAUCGAGGAGUACUCCGGCUCCUGGCUGCCGCUCUCCAAAGGUUGGCGGAUCUGCUGCCAUCCGCCGUGUACGGACGAGACGCGGAUCCCUCUGGCCCGCGGCGACGUGGUGCUGGUGUCCCGCUGGCGGAGGUACUGGCUGUACGGGGAGCGACGCAGCGCCUCGCGCCCGCUCAGCCCGUCCGAGCGGCCUCGCGGCUGGUUCCCGCGCCGCUGCGCCGUCGAGGAGGUGGGCGCCGCCCGGUGUGGCCGCGACAAGGACGAAUAGCGCCGCCGCCGCCGCCGGCGCCCGCCGCCCGGCGCCCGGCGCCCGCCGCCGGACAUCAGCGCGGGCAGGUGGGGCCGGAGCCGAGCAUCAGCGGAGCCGGAAGCCAAUCCGCGGCGGUGUGGCCAGAGACAGUCCCGUGGACGUGCGUGACAUCGCGCCCAGCACGCCCGGCUGGUCUGUGCCGUUUGCGGCCGGUCUCGCCGCCCGCGCGCCUGUUGGUCGCCGGCAGAGACCCUCGGGAGCCGCGGGGAUCCUCGUCCGGUCUCGACCGGCGUGGGACGCGGCGUUUCGGCUGCCGCUCGUGCAGUCGGCGUGGAUGAGCCGGCCUGUGACGCCCGGCGGCCGUCCUCAGGCUGUCCUGGACUGGUGACAGGGUGGAGUCCUCUCUCGCAGCCUGGACUGGUGAAGUGGUGGGUCCCUCACAUCCCGGACUGGUGACAGGGUGGGUCCCUCGCAGCCUGGACUGGUGACAGGGUGGGUCCCUCACAUCCCGGACUGGUGAAGCGGUGGGUCCCUCACAUCCCGGACAGGUGACACGGUGGGUCCCUCACAUCCCGGACUGGUGACACGGUGGGUCCCUCGCAGCCUGCUGCGUGCUGUCACCCUGAUGGGCCGUGCGGCCAACACUGAGCGGAUUUUGUGGUGGUCAGUAUCAUGGGCAUCAUGGGUAUGUCAUGAGUAUCAUCCGUGCGAGUACCGAGGCUCCAUGCGGUUUUUUGAUAGCUGCUGUGCUGUGGUGUCAACCGCACCACUUUCAGCCUCGGGACCGCCUCCGUCGUGCGGCAGCGCCGCGGUGGGCCGGCGGCGCACCUCUAGUUCAUAUAGUGUCCGCUGGAUGGCGUGGCCGGCGCCCCGUACCUCACCUCGUCGGUGGCGCUCCCGGGCGCGCUUCAAGUUCGCCUGGCGGCGGCGGCGGCGCGACCCUCGCCGGCGAGGUGACUGUGACCGACCGGCCGGCCGGCCCGGCCGACGCCAGGGAUCGCCGCGGCAGGU